ACCCACAGUGCGUGUGUAUUUAGCUUAGCAGAACGGAGACAAGAUGGCUGCGACAGGUCGUUACUACAGCGAAGGUGGCAGAGCGACGAAAAGACAAAAAACCGAGAACGACGGAAUGGAGGGCUAUGAGGAUCCCCACAAAACGCUACCCUCCGUUGUUAUACACGUAAGGGGGCUUGUGGACCACGUCGUGGAAGCGGACCUCGUGGAAGCCUUGCAAGAGUUCGGUCCCAUCAGUUAUGUGGUUGUGAUGCCCAAGAAGCGCCAGGCCCUUGUGGAAUAUGAGGACAUGAGCGGGUCAUGUAAUGCUGUGACGUACGCCAACGACAACCAGAUCUACAUUGCUGGGAAUCCUGCAUUCAUAAACUACUCCACCAGCCAAAAGAUCUCUCGCCCAACCGACCCAGAUGACUCCCGGAGCGUCAACCUGGUUCUUCUGCUCACCAUCAUGAACCCUAUCUAUCCCAUUACAACCGAUGUCUUGUAUACCAUUUGCAACAAUUGCGGUCCAGUGCAGAGGAUUGUGAUCUUCCGGAAAAAUGGAGUCCAGGCUAUGGUGGAAUUCGAUUCGGUUCAGAGUGCACAGAGGGCUAAGGCCUCCCUCAAUGGAGCUGACAUUUACUCUGGUUGUUGCACACUGAAGAUUGAGUAUGCUAAGCCUACACGCCUCAAUGUUUUCAAGAACGAUCAGGACACCUGGGACUACACCAACCCUACCCUGAGUGGCCAAGAUGCUGAAGGAGAGGGCAAUAACGGCAAUGCUCAAGAUGUGAAUGCCAACCCCAACAAGCGUGCGAGACAGCCUCCUCUGCUGGGAGACCACCCUCCAGAGUUCGGUGGGCCACAAGGUUACCAUGGCUACCACGACGAUGGCUACUACGAGGGUGGUCGCCGCGGCGGCGUGGGACCUCCAAUGGGCGGCCCCCGUGGUGCUGGGCCAAACCAGCGCUACGGAGGACAAUACGGCCCUCCCCCUCCACCCCCAGGGGAGUACAGCCCACACGCAGAGUCGCCCGUCAUCAUGGUCUACGGCCUGGACCCAAACAAGAUGAACUCCGACAGGGUCUUCAACAUCUUCUGUCUGUAUGGCAAUGUGGAGCGGGUAAAAUUCAUGAAGAGCAAGCCUGGAGCAUGUAUGGUGGAAAUGGGAGAUUGCUACGCUGUUGACCGCGCCAUUUCACAUCUUAACAACAACUUCCUCUUCAACCAGAAACUCAAUGUUUGCGUAUCCAAGCAGCAGGCCAUUAUGCUGGGACAGUCCUACACGCUAGAUGACGGCUCAAACAGUUUUAAGGAUUUCCACGGCAGUCGGAACAACCGGUUCAACACUCCAGAACAGGCAGCCAAGAACCGCAUCCAGCAUCCCAGCAACGUUCUGCACUUCUUCAAUGCCCAGCCAGAGGCGACAUCAGAAAUUUUCUCACAGUCUGUCUUUCAGAUUUGUGAAGAACUUGGCAUCAAGAGCCCUACAAAUCUCAAGCUUUUCACUGGGAAGAACGGAGCCCCAGGGGAGCGCAGCGCCUCCGGCCUGCUGGAGUGGGAGUCCAUUAACGACGCCAUGGAAGCUCUCGCCAUGAUGAACCAUUACCAGAUGCAGAACCCAACAGAUGGGCCUUACCCCUACACCCUGAAGCUGUGCUUCUCCACCGCGCAGCACGCCAACUGAGGAGCACCCACCGAUCGGUCUGCAGGAUGGAACUGCCAGAAAACGACUAAAUCACUGCUUGACUUCAUCUACAUUUUACCCUCUCUUUAGUGUGCAACAAGGCAGUUUUUGGUGUUUUUUGUGUCUGCGGUCAUAUACAAGUUUUGUUGUCUUCGUAUUGUUUAAAGAUUUAUCCAUGCAUCCCUUGAAAGUUUGAGAAUGACUGACCAACAUGAAUAAAGGAAAUGUUUUUACUUAGAAAUGGGGGAUGAGGUUUUUGUACCAGUAUUUUUUUUACACUGCUUUAAUUUUGGUCUUGUUUAGCACCUGCCGACAGCGCACACUUUGUAAGAAAACUGCAUCCUGUGUUUUGUUCCCAAUAAAAUUCCUGAUUAAUUAAUUGGA